AUGAUGAUGUUCAAAUCAUAUAUUAUUAUUUUUUCGGUUAUCUCUGGUCUUGUUUUAACUAAACCCAUAAAAGAAAAAAUUAAAAAAGAAAAACUUUCCGAAGAUCUAUCAAGUGAACAAGUUUUUCGACAAGCCGAAACGACUCUCAAUCGUUACUUUUAUUUAAUGAAAUCUGAUACAGAUCAACUUGUUCAUGCUAUGUUACAUAUAUUAAUAAACAAUCCAAAAUCAUUUCCAUUUGUACCACAUCGUGCAUUAGAUAUAGCAUUGAAAAAUUUUGAAAAAAAGUUAGGUGAAGAUAACGUGGAUAUUGUAAUAAAACCAAUAUUAUUGUCUAUUGAACAAAAUGCUCAAAAUAAAUCAAAACAAUCAUCAUCAUUUCAAUUGACGGAUGAUAUCAAACAUAAAAUAGAAGACGCAUUGGACGAAUUCUUGGAAGAACACGAAAACACUUCUGAUGUAUAA